AAAUUUCCUUGCUCCCUCGCCAAUUUGUCCGGCGCCACUCGCCAACCACCUCUCUUUGCGAACAUAAAACGAAAAUGAAACCGCAUUUUCGGUUUUUGAAUUCGAUGGGGUAUAUGUCUUUCAGUGCCACUCCACCACCCACCGCUCCAAAUCCUCCACCACCACCUUUGCCGCCUCCUCCUGAUAUCAUGCCAGAAGCUUCAUCAAAUAUCAGUUCUUUAGUUGGUAAGAAACUGGCCUUGAUUUCCAUCUCACCACCCUCUACCGCUUCUACUCCCAAGCGCCGCUAUCAACAGAUUUCCGAAGAUAACGAGAUGGCUGUAGAUACUCCACCACCAAAAGUCAUCAAGAUCAGUGGUUGGGAUGUCGUAUGUGGCUGUAAGGUGAAUUACAGCAUUGACAGAAUAGAGUCUGAGUGUUUUAGAGUUUCUGACGGAAAGACGACAAGUACCAUUUUCCAGGGAGCAUAUUAACUUCGAUUAUCCCUGUGGAGGUCGCUGCGAGAUAAGUAUGAAUGUGAAGAGACCUCGAGUAAUAAAAAGGUAGUGAAGAAAAAUUAGUUAUCACUGAUCAACGACUAGGCAUAUCUAGCUGCAACUCUUUGUAGAAUUCUGGCACUCUAAUUUCUCAUUAGCAAAAGAGAAUAUUCUCAAAAAUGGGUUUAGUUUUAUGUUUCAUUUAUCGCCCUCAACUCAAGUCCAUAGAUUAAGAAAAAGAACAGUACCUUCAUGCAGUAUUUUAAUCAUUAUCUGCAAGUCCAUUAUUGCAUAAAUAGAGAAGAAUACAGUUGAUAAUCAAUAAUUAAGCCGUAAUAAUAAUGCAUUAAUAAUCAAAGGCCAGUUGAAAAUUUCACAUAAAGUCAUAAACCACCUGCAACCGACUAUGAUUCCAACAUAAAACUAGUUUAUCUAUUCUGAACAUUAUUAAUAAAAAUUAUUAUAAAUGAAUAAAAUAUAGAUUUUUCAUUGACUGGUGAAAUUUUUGAUGCUCCUCCUCACAUCGGUCCGUUCUCAGAUGCAUCAUAGAUGAGAGUGGCGUACUAUUUUUGCUGAGCAUGUCGACGCAUCAUGCCUCAAGCGUGAUGCAGCCAGAUUUUCGUACGUACAUUUGCUCGCACACAACAUUCAGUGUACGAUAGAGUAUUCGAGGAAUCUUUUAGGGUCCUAUGACCCACGCCCUUCCUGUUUCCUUUCAAAAUGAUAAUUGAGCCAAAAUUCCACGUUGAAUCUCUUACCUGAAUUGUAUUUGCUUCUUUGUCUUUCCGUUCAUACUUUGAUGUUGAAAAUGAAUGAUGGAUUUAAGACUUUGCGUCUACUCAGGGAAUACUUUUCCCCAACGAAAUUCCUCC